AUCCUUUUCCACAUCCCAGCCUCAACAACCACCAAAGUACACACACCACACUAAUCAAGUACAAAUCCAGGCCACCAAGCCACCCAGCGAGCGAUCGCCAUAUCACACAUAGCGCCAUGUCUGGCGUGUGGGUGUUCCGCAACGGGGUGGUGAAGCUGGUGGAGAACCACCCGGCGUCGGCGGCCGGACCGCCGGGCGGCGGGGCGGUGCGGCGCAAGGCGCUGCUCCACACGCCCACGGGGGAGGUGGUAGCCUCCUACGCCUCCUUGGAGCGCAAGCUCGUCGCGCUCGGCUGGGAGCGCUACUACGUCGGCGGGGGCGGCGCCGCCGGCGACUGCAUGCUCAGGUUCCACAAGCGCUCCUCCGUCGACCUCAUCUCCCUCCCCAAGGACUUCGGCCAGUUCAGCUCCGUCCACAUGUACGACGUCGUCAUCAAGAACCGCGACGCCUUCCGCGUCAUCGACGUCUAGCCUAGCUAGCUGGCUGAUAUCCGGCCUUUCGAUCGAAGCAAGCUCAGCUAGCUCGUGCGUGCGAGCGGCCGCCACCGUCGCAUCCAUGUCGUCAUCGAUCUCCGCUGUUUAACUUGUCCACCUUGUGUAUGUGUGUACGUACCCUGCACUUAUAUACGUGUGUAUGUAUAUGUACUUGUACUAGGCUAUCGAUGUGCAGAGACCUGUGCAUCACUUGCCACUUGCUCGUCAAGCUUGUUUGAUAAUAAUUUGGAAAGGCCAUCAAAAAAUAUUCACUCAAAACUAACAUGUGGUUGAAUGGUUUUAGCGGGGUAGUUAUACAACCGCUGUACCGGAGAGCAAACCAAAUGUAGCCGUGUCUCAUAAGACGAAAUAUUAUUCAGUAGAAGGUGAUGUUUCCGCCGAGACGUUUA